AUGACAACAAAACCCUCCAUGCUUGAUGUUGACGUGGAACCGCCAACUUAUGACAACACCGUCAGCGACUCAAGGGCACAGCUCAGCUGUGGAGAAACACCAACCUUGUUCCUGGAUAAAACGACAAUCUUCGCCCAUACCUCACCACCUCGCGCGCUCUAUGAGCUGAGCAACGUUGUGACUGACGCAAAGUCAUUGGUGUAUGGAGUUCAAAAAGUGGUUUACAGAGUCUCUUCAGAAGCUGGCAGCGACAAAGUGAGAACCAGAUUGGACCACAUCUACGACUUCACACAGGACCCACUCAAGGGACUCGAAAGCUUCAGUAUGCAGCUGAACGAUGUCACGGUUAUUCAGGGUCAGAUGAGCUCUAAGAGAACAUAUAAAGAAGUCUACCUGAUGCCCGGCGUCUCUGGGUGGAAGGUAAAAGAUCACUUCAAGGCCGGCGAUAGCGCGGUGCACCAGAUGAAGCACCAAGAUGAGAUCCACUGGAAAAACAUGAAGGGAGAAGUUGUCGCUAUUGAGUCAGUCGCAAAGAGAGACAAGGAAAAGAAACUAUUAAGCAUGCCUCAGUUGGAUGUCAUACUCCCUAUGGACCACAAGGAAUUGGACCUGUUGGUAACAAGCUGGAUGGCGAGGCUCUGGAGGCAGUCAGCUGAUGAAACCAAGGACCCCAUGACCUGGAAAGACUUCAAGGAGAUUUCCAAGAUCGCCCUUAGCAGAAACAAGCUCGGAAACACUUGGGCGUUAGGUGGAGUCUGA